UGCCUGUCAAAAUGGAAGUGAAUCCCCCCAAACAGGAGCACCUGCUGGCUCUGAAAGGUCCUGUUUCCCUCUGAUUUGGAAAGAGACAGUCUUGUAAUUUUAAAUUACAUUCUAGCUCUGAGGAGCUCAGCUAAGAAAUUUUCCUUUCAUUAAGAGUAAUUGGAUUACUUCAGAAUGACCACAGAAAUAAUAUUGCAUUAUCGAGCAUAUGAGAGUGAUCCCACACAAUUGCUGAAAAUUGCAGAGAAAGCAAUUCAAGACUUUCCUACACGUCCACUAUCAAGAUUUAUCCCUUGGUUUCCACAUGAUGGGUCCAAACUUCCGCUCAAACCUAAACGAUCACCACCUGUGAUUUCUGAAGAGGCAACUGAAGAUGUGAAACAAUACUUAACCAUUUCAGAACAUGAUGUUAAAUCACAGAGUUAUGAUUGUACAGUAGCUCUAUUGGAGUUUCAGCCUAACUUGAAAGAAAAGAAGCACUUAAUCCGUUCUCACACACUGAAAGAACAGACUACUUCUGGAAAUCUGGAUAAACAGUCAGAGAAAGGGAAACAGCACAAGAAGAGGUCUUGGAGUGUUUCACUCCCCAGCAGAAAUUGUACUGAAGAUAUUUUUCCUUUGUCUAAAAAAUUGCAAGAUAGUGUAAAGGCACUAGAUUUACACUUAUUUUAUAGAGCAAGAUGGACAAUAGAUCACACUCUAUGUAACAACCAAACUCUGGAAGACAUUUGGGCAAAACUCAAUAGAAUUAUCAGGCACAAUGAACUUCCAUCUUGUAAUGCUACAAUUCAGAGACAUUUGGGCCAAAUAUGGGUGUUUUGUGAUAUUAUGUACUGUGAAUAUGUGGGAAAUCUCCUUAAAGGAAGAUUAGCUCUUACAGGGAAAAUAAAUUUAUUUGUGCGUAAACAUGGUAUUAUUUUUAGUAUGUGAUGAAUUCCCGUGAUUGUCAAAAAGAAGACUAUUCUGAAUGAACAGUAUAUAUUGAAAUAGAUGAAUAAAUUUUUUUACUGGUUUUUAAAUUUUUAAUGACAAUUUUUUUUAUUUGAACCUUUGCUAGCAUAGCCUAUUUAUUCUUAACAUUGUGAAAAAUAAUUGUGUGGUAAUAUGUGUUCAGUUUGUAUCCCAGGAAUAAAUAUCAUGUGAAUUUGUAGACUUGUCAUUUAAGUCAAGAACUUUCUGGAUUCUACUUUUAACAGCCACUGUUUAAAUUAAUUGUGAUAAAUUAUUUUUUAUACUGAA